CGGCCAACUCUCCUGUGGCAGACUGUGGUUGGCCAGCAUCCCCCUAACAACGUGUCGGUGUUUACCGACAUGGCGGGGACCGGCAAGAAAUCCGAGGGGCUGUUUCGUCAAAGUAUCGCUUGGCAAACACUUUUGCGAUUCACAAUUUUGGCCCUCGCCUGGCUUGUGGGGUUCAGUUCGCGGUUAUUUGCUGUGAUACGUUUCGAAAGCAUCAUUCAUGAGUUCGAUCCAUGGUUCAACUACCGGUCGACGCAUUACAUGGUCCAGCAUGGGUUCUACAACUUCCUCAAUUGGUUCGACGAAAGGGCAUGGUAUCCGCUCGGCAGAAUUGUUGGAGGAACGGUGUACCCCGGGUUGAUGAUAACAUCCGGUUCCAUCCAUUAUCUGCUCAGCCUUCUUCACAUUACCGUUCACAUCAGAGACAUCUGUGUUUUCCUAGCACCUGUUUUUAGUGGGCUGACAGCACUUGCGACUUAUUUCUUGACAAAAGAACUAUGGAGCGACGCAGCGGGACUUUUUGCUGCUUGCUUCAUUGCAAUAGUGCCUGGGUACAUCAGUCGGUCUGUGGCAGGCAGCUACGACAACGAGGGCAUCGCCAUCUUUGCCCUCAUGUUCACUUACUACCUCUGGGUCAAGGCAGUCAAGACUGGUGCCAUCUUCUGGGCUGUCCUUACUGCACUCUCCUACUUCUACAUGGUGUCUGCCUGGGGUGGCUAUGUGUUCAUCAUCAACCUCAUCCCCCUUCAUGUUUUUGUGCUUCUAAUCAUGAACCGGUUUUCAAAUCGGAUUUAUAUAGCAUACAACACCUUCUUCAUCCUGGGCCUGCUGCUAUCCAUGCAAAUCCCCUUCGUUGGCUUCCAGCCCGUGAGAACGAGCGAGCACAUGGCUUCAGCAGGUGUCUUCGUGCUGCUGAAUGCCUAUGCCCUGCUCAAGUACCUGCAGACUUUCUUCUCCAAGUCUGAGAUGAAGACGCUGUUCUUCGGUGCUGUGGCUGGAGUGGCCGGCUUUGUAUUCCUGGCUGUUGUGGUUCUCACAUAUGCAGGCUACAUUGCUCCGUGGAGCGGGCGUUUCUACUCGCUCUGGGACACGGGCUACGCCAAGAUCCACAUCCCCAUCAUAGCCUCGGUGUCCGAGCACCAGCCCACUACGUGGUUCUCCUUCUUCUUUGAUCUGCAUGCCCUGGUGGCCACUUUUCCCGUGGGGCUCUGGUACUGCAUCAAGAACGUCAAUGACGAACGAGUCUUCAUUGUGCUGUAUGCGGUGACGUCUGUGUACUUUGCGGGCGUGAUGGUGCGACUGAUGCUGACGCUGACGCCCGUGGUGUGCGUGCUGGGAGCCAUUGCCUUCUCGAGCACCCUGAAGCUGUACCUGCAGGAAGAGGAGCCCAAGCAGGGCCAGGCGGGCCACCAGGGCCCUACCAGCAGCAGCAGCCAGGAGAACAGCGACGACAGCGACUCCCCCGACCACAAGGAGAAGAAGAAGAAGCUCUACGACAAGGCGGGCAAGCUGCGCAAGAUCAAGUCUGACCAGAGCCGGGAGAAUGUGGGGCUGGGCACCAAUGUGCGCAGCAUUGUGGUGGUUGUGCUCAUGAUGAUCCUUAUGAUGUUUGCUGUCCACUGCACCUGGGUCACCAGCAACGCCUACUCCAGCCCCAGCAUCGUACUGGCUUCUUACAGCAACGACGGUUCGAGGGUGAUUUUGGACGACUUCAGAGAGGCCUACUACUGGCUGUCCCAAAACACUCGAGAUGACGCCCGUGUCAUGUCCUGGUGGGACUACGGCUACCAGAUAGCAGGGAUGGCCAAUCGGACGACUCUAGUGGACAACAACACUUGGAAUAACAGCCACAUUGCCCUGGUGGGGAAGGCCAUGUCCUCCAACGAGACUGCAGCGUAUGAGAUAAUGAAGGCCCUGGAUGUAGACUAUGUCCUCGUCAUCUUUGGCGGGGUCAUAGGCUACUCUGGAGACGACAUCAACAAGUUUCUGUGGAUGGUUAGGAUCGCCGAAGGAGAACACCCCAAGGACAUCAGGGAGACUGACUAUUUCAAUGACAAGGGAGAAUUCCGGGUGGACGAGUAUGGCUCCCAAACACUGCUGAACUGUCUUAUGUACAAGAUGAGCUACUACCGCUUUGGAGAGCUACAGCUGGACUACAGGUCCCCGCCCGGAUUUGACCGCACCCGCAACAUGGAGAUUGGCAACAAGCACUUUACGCUGGAGCACCUGGAGGAGGCAUACACGACGGAGCACUGGCUGGUGCGCAUCUUCAAGGUGAAGAAGGAGUCGAACCGCCCACGCAUCCCCUACGUCCAGCGCCAGGUCAAGGCCAAGAGUGUGUACGUCUCGAAAAAGGUAAAGCAGGCAGCGUCCCAGCCCCUCUAGGCCUCUUCCCCAAACAAACGCCAGAGACAAGAGGCUGGCCAUAGACUUCAAGAAAGAAGAAGGGCUUCAUAAAGGACAGGCCAGUAGUUGUCAAGGGGAAGAAAACAUCAAGAAGUGUGUAGGAUAACCAAUUCUUUUCCAAAGUCCUUCGUUCUUCUACGAACUCUAAAACAAACUUGUCAAGAAAAUGGAAAGCAAGAAUGGUUUUUCACACAUCUGCAAUGAAUGCCCUCCAGCCAGCCUGUGUGCAGUGCAGGCCUUUUUUUCUUUCUUUUUUUUUUUUUUACAAAAGAAAAGUUGUGUACUAUUAGUAACGGGGUUGGGGAAGACAGUACUACUCCAGUUUCAAGAGUCAUCAUCUGAGCAGCAUUCAUUUAAGGAUACUGUUGUAGCAGAAUGUAUGAUAGGCUUUGUACUGAGGGUGUGAAAGCACAUUUAUAUUUACUAUUGUUCUGUUGCCUUUUUUGUGCGUUUUUUUUUUUGUGUGAGAAGAUCGAGUGGCGUUUUUUUUUUUUUAAAGGCAUAUGUGAAUAAUUCAUGUUUGGAGAAUUAUGUGUCUGGGACGUAUUACAGUUGUUUUCUUGCUUUGGUAAAUAAAAUAAAAUGAAGGAACA